AUGUUUAUAUUUUACAGGGAGGCAUCCACAGAGCACGACUGCGUGAGGACCAAGAGUCAAGACCCACUGGCCAUCUACUUCACAAGUGGCACCACUGGGGCCCCCAAGAUGGUGGAGCACUCCCAGGCCAGCUAUGGUCUGGGUUUUGUGGCCAGUGGAAGGCGAUGGGUGGCCUUGACUGAAUCGGACAUCUUCUGGAACACAACUGACACUGGUUGGACUCUCUGCAGGCGACCCAUCACCACCCUCUGCUGUGUCCCCACCAUCUUCCGGCUGCUUGUGCAGGAGGAUCUGACCAGGUACCAGUUUCAGAUCCUGAGGCACUGUUUGAGUGGAGGAGAGGCCCUGAAUCCUGACGUGAGGGAGAAGUGGAAGAGCCAGACGGGCCUGGAGCUGCAUGAAGGCUAUGGCCAGUCUGAGACAGUUGUAAUCUGUGCCAAUCCAAGAGGCACGAAAAUCAAGUCAGGAUCCAUGGGGAAAGCAUCCCCACCUUACGAUGUGCAGAUUGUGGAUGAUGAGGGCAACAUCCUGCCUCCAGGAGAAGAGGGGAAUGUUGCUGUCCGUGUCAGACCCAUCAGGGGUCUUCCCCUGCUGCCUCCAACAUCCCUUCUCUGUGUGGUUUCAGGGGUCGUCAUGGUUCCAGGCGUCACUCAGCUGACGGAGAAGGACCUCAAGUAUUGGCUGCAAGCGUCCAGGGCCAAGUCCAUCAUCACCAGCGACUCCCUGGCUCCCAGGGUGGACGCCAUUAGCACCGACUGCCCCUCCCUCCAGACCAAGCUGCUGGUGUCAGACAGCAGUUGGCCAGGCUGGGUGAACUUCAGGGAACUUCUCCGGGAGGCAUCCACAGAGCACGACUGCGUGAGGACCAAGAGUCAAGACCCACUGGCCAUCUACUUCACAAGUGGCACCACUGGGGCCCCCAAGAUGGUGGAGCACUCCCAGGCCAGCUAUGGUCUGGGUUUUGUGGCCAGUGGAAGGCAAUGGGUGGCCUUGACUGAAUCGGACAUCUUCUGGAACACAACUGACACUGGUUGGGUAAAGGCAGCCUGGACCUUCUUCUUUGCCUGGUCUAACAGAUCUUGCGUUUUUGUGCAUGAGCUGUCCCCAGUUGAUGCCAAGGUUAUCCUGAAUAUAAGAGACAAAAACACCUCUUAUACUCUCUCCAGGCAACCCAUCGCCAUCCUCUGCUGUGUCCCCACCAUCUUCCGGCUGCUUGUACAGGAGGAUCUGACCAGGUACCAGUUUCAGAGCCUGAGGCACUGUUUGAGUGGAGGAGAGGCCCUGAAUCCUGACGUGAGGGAGAAGUGGAAGAGCCAGACGGGCCUGGAGCUGCACGAAGGCUACGGCCAGUCUGAGACAGUUGUAAUCUGUGCCAAUCCAAGAGGCACGAAAAUCAAGUCAGGAUCCAUGGGGAAAGCAUCCCCACCUUACGAUGUGCAGAUUGUGGAUGAUGAGGGCAACAUCCUGCCUCCAGGAGAAGAGGGGAAUAUUGCUAUCUGCAUCAGACCCACCAGGCCCUUCUGUUUCUUCAAUUGCUAUUUGGACAAUCCUGAGAAGACGGCCGCAUCAGAACGAGGGGACUUUUACAUCACGGGGGACCGAGCCCACAUGGACAAGGAUGGCUACUUUUGGUUCAUGGGAAGAAACGACGAUGUGAUCAAUUCCACAAGCUACCGGAUCAGGCCAGUUGAGGUGGAAAGUGCCCUUGCCAAGCACCCAGCUGUCCUGGAGUCUGCUGUGGUCAGCAGCCCAGACCCCGACAGAGGAGAGGUAGUAAAGGCGUUCAUAGUCCUUUCAGCCUACUCCUCUCAUGAUCCAGAGGAACUAACCUGGGAGCUCCAGGAGCACGUGAAAAGGGUGACUGCUCCGUACAAGUACCCCAGGAAGAACUGCCAAAGACGGUGUCUGGAAAGAUCCAAAGGAGUAAACUUAGAAGUCAAGAGUGGAGGAGAUGAGAAACAACCCCAGAAAGGCCCCACAGGCCUCUGAAGGUUCUAAGGGGAACUGGUGGGGUCACUGCUUAGUCCUCACUUGGAGCAUCAUUCCUUCAACCCUGUGACAUCAAAGGCUCUCGGCUUCCAAAUGGACAUCUCCAGAAUCACUGGAUGACCCUGGAAGAAAAGAACAUCACUGACCCAGAGCGCAUGGCCCCUGCCCAGCCUAGCAGAUGUUUGGUGGCUCAACUUCCCCCUCUGUCUGGAGGCGUCUUCAGCAGCUGCCCACUGGUCUUACUUCCUAAGAGCUUGCA